GGCAUGGCUUGUUCCAUUUUGCAUAUAAUAGAUUCACACCUUCACUCAUCGCAGUGAAGACGGCAUCUUUUUGUGGGCCAUGCAUACUGAUGUACAUUCUAUUGCACCAAUAAUUCACUGGCACAUCACAUACACGAGUGAUUGACGAGACUGCUCUGCAGGUUGUACCACUAUGUACAAGCAAGCAAGUCCUAGUGGUGAGCUGAGUCGGAGUGCACUUCUUGUAUCAUAUCAAUAUCAGCUGAAUAUCAAGAUCAACAUUCUCAGACUUGCAAAAAAGUAUAAUAAGUGCUGUAUCCUCCUCUCACUCAACUCUUGAGCACAUCUCAUAUUCAGUUUCAAAAACAUCUCUUUCGAUUCAUUUAUUACCUCUGCAAACCAACAUGUCAAACGCAACAAAAGACUAUGGUGACCUCAGGGUCACUAUGACCUCAGCCUUCAACUGGGUAUGGAACGAUAAGGGCAGUGGAGCUUCGAAGAACUUUGAAGCCUACCACCCGGUGUCUCAGGGAGAUUUGCGUCCUCUAGGAUCUCUUGGGUUUUCUUCAUAUAAUGAGAGGAAUGGAAAGUUUGCUGCUCUCCUUGUUGGAAAGAACCCAAGUUCUUCAGGCACAGCAGCAGUCGCUAGUCCUACUGGAUAUGAUUUGAUUUGGCGUGACGAGAAAAGCGGAGGCGACCACGACGGGUCUUUCUGGAGGCCCAGAGCACCCAGUGGAUACGUCUCACUUGGAGAUGUAUGUUCAGGAUCUUGGAGCGCCCCUAGCAAUGAUAAGAUUUGGUGUGUUCGUGCUGAUUUGGUUCAAAACUCGAAUCACUUCAAAGCCAAGGUUUGGGACGAUCAGAAAUCAGGUGCUAAAUCCGAUUGUUCUGUGUGGGAUAUAGGACUCCCUUCUAUUGGCAUUAAUGGGGGAGAAAAAAUCCCAAUCUCAUCCGAGACUUUCCGUGCCAAUAACAGCUGGUCUGAGCCCAACAACGGCCUCGCACAAGUUCUCGCCCUGCCGAAUCCCAAAAGGUUCACAGAGUUCACUGCUUCCCCACCAAAUUUCACGAAAAACAAUAUCCCAAAAGGUGGCGAUGUAUUCAACCGCACUGAUCAAUGCGAAGUCACACUUCCUUUCACUGUCUAUUUCCCGCCCUCAGAUGCAACAAGCCUUCGAUCAAUCAAUUACCCAUUCUGCAAACUCACUAGGAAAAUAGCUUGGUAUGUUCAUACCGCGCAUACCAAUAACAGUGGAGGCGAGAUUUCCGACUCCACCACGGUCACGAAAGGUGUCAGCAAAACGCUUUCAGAGGAGAUGUCACACUCUGCAGGAGUUUCCGUCUCUGCCUCAUACGGUAUCAAGGGUUUCGGCAUGGAUGUCAGUCUUAACUAUCAAUUUACAUCGACCACUUCUUCCUCCUUUACCGAGUACGAGGAAAAUUCGCGCACGCAGGGAUAUACUGUUCCACCAUACGAAGCUACUAUUUUCCUCAGCAAGCGGAUUUGGAUUCAGGCCACUCGCGCGGAUGGAUCUAUCGUUCUCAAAGAAAUCAACUUCAAUGCCAACGAUGAUAUUCAUCUCAUCGGAGUCUCUCUUAAGUAGGUGAUGAUAUGGUUGUUGAUUGGGUUGAGGUACCUAGUUUGAAGUUAGGAACUUAGCUUUUUGUUACGAUCUACAAGGCCCGACGGGACCCUUGGCAGGAGGAUAGUCAUGUGACUAAUUACGCUCAUCAUUUUGAAUUACUACUCAUCAAUGAACAAUCUUUAUAUGAAAUAAGGUGCA